AUGUUCUGGGCGCCCUACGGCGCGUACUGGCGCCAAGCGCGCAAGCUCUGGCACACCGAGCUCCUCAGCGAGAGGCUGCUCAAGCUGCACGAACAUGUCCGCCGCGAGGAGGACACCAUCAGCGCCGGCACGGACACCUCGGCGGUGACCAUCGAGUGGACCCUAUCGGAGCUGCUGAAGAACCCAGUGGCCCUCACCAUGGCCACCGAGGAGCUAGACCGCGUCGUCGGCCGUGACCGUCUGCCCACGGAGGGGGACCGUCUGCCAUACCUCCAGGCAGUAAUCAAGGAGUCGAUGCGCAUGCAUCCAGCUACACCACUGCUUUCGCCAUGGCGGUGCCGCAGGGACGCAGUUGUGGGUAGCUACAGCAUCCCGGCGGGCACCUGCGUGGCGGUCAACGUCUGGGCCAUCGGCCGUGACCCUUCUGUGUGGGAGGAGCCCAAUGAUUUCUGA